AUGUUGCAGCCGGGGGUAGAGUGUGCUGUCGAACAAAGCGGCAGCGACGGGGUGAAACAAGCUCAGCUCAGUAAUCCCUCUACCGCCGCUGGUGAUGGUGACAGUCUUGGCGAUGGCGUUGGCAGGAUAGCAUUAAAUACCAAAAAAGAGUUGCGUCGAGAGCGCAAAAAACGCAAACUCCUCGGACUGUCCGCGCUGUUGAUGCUCAACGAGCAGGACGACAUCGGAAGCAGUAGAAACAGCAGUAGAACCACACAGCCGAACGUUGCUGGUGACGUCGACGACGACGACGACGUAGGGAACAGUGAUCAGCUCACGUCUGAAUCGAACAACAACAAGCUGCAGAACGGUGCCGACGAUCGGUUGAAGCAAAUUUUGGCCAACAAUCAUACCGCGUACGCCAUCGGUGACGAGGAGGAAGCGCCCACCGUCAGUGCGAAACGGCGACGGGAAGAGUGCAGUAGUAACGGUGCAGCUGCGGAGAACGAUAACGCUGCUACAGCGGUCAAGUGCAAAACACUUGCUAGCGGGGCAGAUAAAGCAGCAGCAGCAGCGACGGGCCCACUCAACAACGAUACCGAGUACCGCGCCCUCAAGGCGUACGUCAACCAGAAGAAAAGCAUGCGCUACGUGCCGCGCGUCCUGCUAAAGCCAAUCGGGCAGAAUGCGCUGCUCGAUCGGAACGAGAAAAAGGAGGAUCGUAUCCCUCUGCUCCUGGACGACAUUCAGGCCCUGCUGAUGCACACGUUGCUGCGCACGGAUUCGCCCCUGGCACCGCGCUGGGUAUCGAUCGAUAAGAACACGAAGCUCACGCACACGACCGUACUGAUCGUGGAGGGAUUCUCGUGCGAAGAUUACGUCACCUACCGGGAGCACAUGCCGAACUGUGCGGACACCAUCUUUGGGCCUCAGCUAACGCUGCAGGUAGUAUUUCCGAGCACGAAGAUACUGGAGGAGGUGGCCUGUGUGCCGUUGAGCGAUACGCACAAGGACGUGCUGGUCGCGGAGUACGGUUCGCUCGAGGCGGCCAUGCGGAUGUGCAAAGACCAGAUGCUGGUGCGCAAGAGCGUCUUCCGGAACAUUGGAUCGCCCCGGAAAUCGCCCUGCAGCGAUGUCGAUCUGCCGGAGAGUGACAAAUUUCCGCGCACCCUGCUGCUGCUGUCGCCGAUACAGAUGAUCAACGAAGGUUACCCCAUGCCGUUGGCCGGUACACUGGAAAACAAGUACAAACACUACGUAACUACGAGCGAUUCGUACAAACCGGUCAAUCCGCGGUCGCCCAUGUUCGGCAUCGAUUGUGAGAUGUGUGGCGCAAUUGGCGGCAAGUCGGUGCUGACGCGCGUGUCCAUCGUGGACGAGCAGCAAAAGGUCAUCUACAACAAGCUUGUAAAGCCGCGCGAAAAGAUCAUCGACUACCGUACCAAAUUCUCCGGCAUUACCGCCUCGAUGCUGCGCGAUGUUCGCACCACGCUGGCCGACGUGCAGCGCAAGCUGCGGGAACUGCUGCCACCGGACGCGAUACUGGUGGGCCACUCGCUCAACAGCGAUCUGCUGGCGAUGGAGCUGCUGCACCCGUACGUGAUCGAUACGAGCAUCAUCUACAACGUGACCGGCAAUCCGAUGCACAAGCAGAAGCUGAAGAUAUUGACGAAAAAAUUCCUCGACCAGGAAAUUCAGUGCAGCACCGGUGGGCACGAUUCGAUCGAAGAUUGUGCGGCCAGUUUGAAGCUAGUGCAGCUGAAGCUGGCCAACAGCAUCUACUUUGGCGACCAGUGGCUCGAGGAUCGGCGCAUGUACCACAGCUUCCGGUCCGGGACGGGCCAGAACGGUAUCGCGCAGCCGGACGAGUCGAGCGAACUGUCGGGUGCAUCGCAGCAGUCACAGAUCACGACGACCCUGUUUUCGCACGCUAAAAAACGCAACAAACGAUCGUUUAUAGUCACGAACGCCAAGGAGGAGCUGCGCACGUUCGAGCAGUACUUCGGGGGCACGAUAGGGAAAGCGGCCUCAGCUGAGCAGCAGUGGCUAUCGUUCCGCAAAACGUCAUCACCGACGGAAACGAUCCGCCAGACGGCGAGCAAUUGUCUGCAGUAUGAUUUUAAUCUCGCUUACGUCCGGCUGCCAAACGCGGCGGACGGCGCGGGAGCGAAGAGGCAACCGACAGCGGUGGUGCAGCCGGACAAUAAACAAGCGCUCGCGAAAUCGAUCGACGGCUGGGUGGACGAGCUGCACACUGCACUAUCGCUGAACGGGUUGCUGGUGGUGAUGUUUGUAGGCGCGAACGUGCACGGAUCGGGACGGAACAAUCGCAUUGGCGUUGCUAUGGUGCAAACGAAGAAACCACCGAAAUGAUCGACGAUGCUUUCAGCGUAGCCUGUACAGCAAUAUUUGGUCGAUAUGAGGGCGCAUUUGAUGUUUCAUAUGAAGAAUUAUGCAAAGAUAUGGGAUUUAUUAAGCAAGGUACUCUAAGCACAUGAUAAUGUUGAGUAAGAAUAAAGUCACUCUGUUAUGGAAGUUCAACGUGAACUUUCGGUUAAAUGAA